AUGGCUGCCGAGGAUCUGCCGUCUGAAUUUGACAUCGUCAUUUUGGGCACAGGUCUUGCUGAGUCGGUGGUAGCAGCAGCCUGUUCCAGAGUCGGACAGAGAGUUCUUCACCUCGACAGGAGGAGUUAUUAUGCAGCGAACUGGGCCAGCUUCACCUUCAACGGCCUGCUCACCUGGAUACAACAACAUCAUGAAGAGUCUCGGUCUGAGGAGGUCCAGGAUUGGUCCAGCCUGUUGGAGGAAGGGGAAGAGCUGAUCUACCUGUCCAACUCUGCCUCCGCCUCCAUCAGUAACCUGCAGGUGUUCUGUUUCACCAGUGAGGAAGAUGAGGAGGAGGAACUUCAGAGUCCUGAUCCUCCAAACACCACUGAAGAAGAAACAGCAGCUGACGAGGAAGAUGCUGUUAAAGAAGCAUCAGAAUCUGCAGAUUCAAAAGAUGAAGAAACAAAAGAGAAACCAGAGGAACCAGGUGACGGAGAGGUGGAAGGACAGGCCUCUCACACAGAAGGGGAAGAACCAGAGGCAGAUCAGACACGUCUGUCUACGGCUGAAAGCCAAUCAGAGCCAACCAGGAAGAAGAUCAGCUACGCUCAGCUGGUGAGAGAAGGACGCAGGUUCAACAUUGACCUUGUCUCUAAGUUGAUGUAUUCUCGUGGCUCAUUGGUCGAUCUGCUCAUCAAAUCAAACGUCAGUCGCUACGCAGAGUUCAAGAACAUCACCAGGAUACUCACCUAUCGCAACGACAACGUGGAACAGGUGCCUUGCAGUAGAGCUGAUGUAUUUGCGAGUCGUCAGCUGUCUGUGGUAGAAAAGAGGAAGUUGAUGCGUUUUCUCACUUCCUGUGUGGAGGAGAUGGAGGAGCAGCAAGCCUACAACGGCCGGCCAUAUUUAGAGUUCCUGCGUGACCAGCAGCUCGGAGACAACCUGCAGCACUUCCUGCUUCAUUCCAUCGCCAUGGCGAAAGAGGACACACCCACAGAGGUGGGGCUCGCAUCCACACGUCUGUUCCUGCGCUGUCUGGGUCGCUAUGGCAACACGCCUUUCCUGUUUCCUGUGUACGGCCUUGGAGAGAUACCACAGUGUUUCUGUAGGAUGUGUGCUGUGUUCGGAGGAAUCUACUGUCUGAGACACUCGGUCCACUGUCUGCUGGUCGACAAGGACACCAACAGGUGUAAGGCGGUGAUUGACAGCCGAGGACAGCGAAUCAGCUGCAGCCACUUCGUGGUGGAGGACGGCUACGUGGCGGCGGAGAGGAAGAAGGUGGCCACACCCACCAGGUUCCUCAGCAGAGCUGUGCUGAUAACGGACAGCUCCGUUCUGCCCAGCGACUCAGACCAACAGGUUUCCAUGGUAACUGUUCCUCCAAUAGCAGCAGGGUCUCCGGCGGCGAAGAUGGUGGAGCUCUGUCCGUCCACGAUGACCUGCAUGCCUGGAACCUAUCUGGUCCACCUCACGUGUCAGUCAGUUGGCUCCGCCUAUGAGGACCUGUCGCCGGUGGUUACCAGGAUGUUCCACACGCCAGAGUCACAUGACCGAGAGAAGCGUCCCUCAGUACUCUGGUGUGUGUACUUCAACAUGGCUGACGGAUCGGGGGUUGAGGUUGAAGGUCACGACCUCCCGUCUAACGUGUACGUGUGCUCCGGACCGGAUGGAGGACUGGGACAUGAACACGCCAUCAGACAGGCAGAGUCGAUCUUCCAGAAGAUUCUCCCGGAGGAGGACUUCUGUCCUCCUGCACCGAACCCUGAAGACAUCAUCUACGACGGAGACAACACCACCUCCUCCGCAGGGGAGGAGGAGAGGGAAGGGACGGAGGAGGGAGGGGAGGCGAAGGAGGAGGAGGAGGAGGAGCAGAGCCUUCAAGUUGAGGAGUAACAAACACACAAACCUUCCACAGAAGCCAAAACCUCCUGCAGUGGAUUGUAGGUUAAAGUUGCCUUCAUUUCUUUUAAAUCUUUGUAUUAUUUUUCUAUGAUUUCUUAGUUUUCUGCUCUCGGUCUUAUUUAAAUACUGUAACUAACAGACUCAUUAAAGCUUCAGCUCGAACUCA